AUGGCGUUUCAGGAUUUUGAUCUUAUCUCAGAGCGGCGGAGAAAUGAGAAAAGGCAAAAGAUGAGGAAGAGAAUCAUUAUCGGCGUGGUUUCUGUCAUAGUCCUCGUCGGCAUGAUCGGUGCAGUUCUCUUCGUCGUGGUUAAGAACGACGACACUGGAAAUAAAAAAAGCACUAACAACAAGUCACGUACUAGUCAUGCACCGCCACAAGGUGCCUCCCCCAAGCAAAACGUUGCGCACUCGGAGAAGGUUGUGAAAGCGGUGUGCAGCUCAGCAGAUUUCAAGGAGAGGUGUGAAGAGCCUCUGAACAAGGCCAUGGAGUCUGACCCCAAACUCACGCAACCCAAAGACCUUCUCAAGCUCUACGUGAAGCUCGCUGAGGACGAGGUUUCCAAGGCCUUCAACAAGACCAUCUCUCUCAAGUUGGAAACUGAAGAAGAGAAAGGAGCCUUUGAGGAUUGCAAAAAGCUGUUUGAGGAUGCCAAGGAUGACAUCGCAACCUCCAUCUCUGAACUUUCAAAAACUGAGCUCAAGAACAUAUCUGACAGGACUCCUGAUUUAAAUAGCUGGCUCAGUGCUGUCAUCUCCUUCCAACAGACCUGCAUUGAUGGCUUCCCUGAAGGAAACACCAAGACUGAACUUCAAAAUCUCAUGAAGGAUUCCAAGGAAUUUAUUAGCAACUCCCUUGCCAUUCUCUCUCAGGUGGCAUCGGCUCUUUCAGUAUUCCAAACAAUUGCCUCCUCACAUGGGCGCUCCUUGCUAUCACAGAUCUCCAACUCCCCAAUCGCAUCUCUGGACAAAACUGACGGCCUCCCUUCUUGGAUGAACCUCGAUGACCGCAGGAUCUUGAAGGCCACAGAUAACAAACCUAAACCUAAUGUUACCGUGGCAAAAGAUGGCAGUGGAAACUUCAAAACCAUUUCUGAAUGUUUAAAUUCUAUCCCUGCAAAGUAUGAAGGACGGUAA